GGAUGCAACAGUGACGGAGUCAUAAUAAUAUUGGCUAUGUACGGUGCCAUUCAAGGAUUCAACCUCUCGGGUUAUUCCGCGAAUAUGUUGGACAUAGCUCCUAAUUUUGCAGGUACAAUAACUGGAAUCGUACAUAUUGGAUACAAUAUUGUUUCCAUCGUUGGACCAAUUACUGCGGGAAAUCUUCUUUCGGGACAGCAAACACUGGAACAAUGGGCCGUCAUCUUCCGCAUCUCAGCCGGCUGCUUUUUCGUCGCUGCAUUUCUCUAUGCACUCCUAGCCAGCGGAGAAGAACAACCCUGGAAUCGCCCUCGUAGUGCGACAUCUAGCGAAUCUUCCUGGCUGGUGUAUUCUACUGAUAAAAAUGACUACACCGGAGAAGUAUUGCAGAAACCCGUCGGAGGAAGUUCGCUGACAUCUGCCCCUAUUUCCAUGAGACAACCUGAACCACGGGAAGAUGCUCCAGCAGUUGCAGCGUACAGCGUGCUUGAGAACAAGCUUCGGUAG